UUUUCUUUCUCCUUUUCAAAAUAACAUACAACCUUAUAUCCUUGUCCUUUAUCAUCAUAACCAUGUCUCUAUGGUUCAUUGCACUCUCCACUUUCAUAUUAUCUAUCUUAAUAUACCGUUUUCUAAAAUCCACAACAAAAUCUUCUUCUUCACUGCCACUUCCACCUGGACCAAAACCAUGGCCUAUAAUAGGUAACAUGCCUCACGUAGGCUCUGCCCCACACCAAUCUAUUGCUGCUUUGGCUCAAAUUCAUGGCCCUUUGAUGCACCUCAAAUUAGGGUUUGUCGAUGUUAUCGUCGCCGCUUCCGCCUCCGUGGCUGAACAAUUCUUAAAGGUUUAUGAUGCUAACUUUAGUAGCCGACCACCUAAUGCCGCAGCUAAAAAUAUGGUUUAUAAUUAUCAAGAUCUUGUGUUUGCUCCUUAUGGCCCAAGGUGGAGAUUGCUCCGAAAGAUCUCUUCCGUUCAUCUCUUUUCGAACAAAGUUAUGGCCGAAUUUCAACAUUUACGUGAGGAAGAGACAGCAAGAUUGACAAGCAAAUUGGCAAGCAGUUAUUCUGAUGCACAACCAAUGCACUUGCUAGGGCUAUACCUUCAAGGAGUUCAAGCAAAAAUGAAAAUAUUACACAAGAAAUUUGAUGCAUUCUUAACAAACAUUAUCGAAGAACAUGAGACUUCUAAUUCUAAGAGUGAGAAGCAUAAAGAUUUAUUGACUACUUUGUUGGCACUUAGAGAUGAAGGAGAUGAUGAAGGAAAUAAACUCACAAAUACUGAAAUCAAAGCUUUGCUUUUGUUAGAUUUUACUGCAUUCUCACAUUUGAUAAUAAGAAUUAAAAGAUUUAUAUUUUAA